CUCCCUCCCUUUCCCACCUCAGCACAAGAAGAAGAAGAAACCGCCCUCCAUUCCUCGAUUCUCUGUUUUCCGUUAAGGGAAAAGAAAAAAAACAGAGCAUGGAAUUCACCACCGUCCUCUUCUCCACCGUCCUCGCCGUCCUCCUCUCCGCCUCUCUCCUCCUCCGCUGCGCCCCCCGCCUCUUCUCCUCCGCUCGCCGGAGACUCCCCCUCCCGCCGGGCACCCUCGGCUGGCCCUACGUCGGCGAGACCUUCCAGCUCUACUCCCAGAACCCCAACGUCUUCUUCGCAAAGAAACAGAGCAGGUAUGGUUCGAUAAUCAAGACUCACAUACUGGGUUGCCCCUGCGUGAUGAUAUCGAGCCCGGAGGCCGCGAAGUUCGUGCUGGUGACGAAGUCGCACCUGUUCAAGCCCACAUUCCCGGCGAGCAAAGAGAGGAUGCUGGGCAAACAGGCCAUCUUCUUCCACCAGGGGGACUACCACGCCAAGCUGAGGAAGCUCGUCCUCCGAGCCUUCAUGCCCGAGGCCAUCAAGGGCAAAGUCGCCGACAUCGAGUCAGUCGCCGUUGAUUCUCUCCAGUCCUGGGAAGGAAGAUUGGUCAACACUUUCCAAGAAAUGAAAACUUACGCGUUCAACGUCGCGCUUCUUUCUAUUUUCGGAAAGGACGAGAUCAGGUACAGAGAAGACCUCAAGAAGUGCUACUACGUUCUCGAAAAGGGGUACAAUUCAAUGCCCAUCAACCUCCCGGGCACUCUGUUCCACAAGUCCAUGAAGGCCAGGAAAGAGCUGGCUCAGAUCUUGGCCAAGAUCCUGGUCACCCGGCGGGAGAUGAAGCUCGACCACAACGACUUGCUCGGGUCCUUCAUGGGCGACAAGGAAGGCCUCACCGACGAGCAGAUCGCCGACAACAUCAUCGGCGUCAUCUUCGCCGCCCGCGACACCACCGCCAGCGUCCUGACCUGGAUUGUCAAGUACCUCGGCGAGAACCCGAGCGUCCUCGAGGCCGUCACGGAGGAGCAAGAAGCCAUAAAGAGGACAAAAGAAGAGAGUGGUGAAGAGAAGGUUUUGACUUGGGCAGACGCCAAGAACAUGCCCAUGACUUCAAGGGUCAUUCAAGAGACGCUCAGAGUCGCCUCUAUUCUAUCCUUCACCUUCAGAGAAGCUGUUGAAGAUGUUGAAUAUGAUGGGUAUCUUAUACCAAAGGGCUGGAAAGUCUUGCCCCUGUUCAGGAACAUUCACCACAGCCCGGCAAAUUUCCCAGAGCCUGAGAAAUUUGACCCCUCUAGAUUUGAGGUUGCUCCAAAACCCAACACCUUCUUGCCAUUUGGGAAUGGAGUCCACUCAUGCCCGGGGAACGAGUUGGCCAAAUUGGAGAUUUUGGUGCUUCUCCAUCAUCUGACCACCAAGUACAGGUGGUGUAUAGUGGGUUCACAGAACGGAAUUCAGUAUGGGCCAUUUGCUCUUCCCCAGAAUGGAUUGCCCAUCAGAUUAUAUCUGAAGACAUGAAAAACAGAGAGAACAAUCCAAUGCAUGCAUGAUAUUGAAGCAAUGGGAAACCAGUCUACUUCCCUGAAAAAUGGAUUACUUGGCGGCGAAGAAAAUAAGGAGAAACGAGCCAAUUUCUUCCUACAAGAAGAGAUCAAAUUCAUCUGUUCUUUCUCGGUCAAGACAAGCUCAGAGAGACAGAGAGGAAGAUUCCGGAUGAACAAGUCUCAUCCCCAGAAGGGAGUCAAAAACUGUACAGAAGAGUGAAAAGGUCAAGAGAACAAGGAAACAGAGUAAAAGGAACAAAAAAUCUCGACAAUCCAACCAUGCCAUGCUCAAAAUUUUUUUUUUCCUUCAUAGGAUAGGAGAUAGAUUCCCUUGGAAUGGUGGGAUCAAUGUAAUCUAAAGCGGGGUCUCUUUCGCAAUUCUUUUCGCUAGUUUUGUCACUGCCUACGAAUGAUGAAGUCCGCAAGGCAUUAAUGGAAAAA